UUUUCUGAUUGCAGGUAUAUUGUGGUUUCUGAACUCCAGGUUGAGCUAUUUUAAGGUGGUCAGUUCUACAAGCCUGUUGAGGUAGAGGCAUUCUAACUUUCAUAUAGGUGAGUCUAGCUUUGUGUUAAUUCUUCUGUGUGCUGUCACCAAUGUUUUGAGAUGAGUUGCCCAUCACUCUCACCCACCAGUUCCUUCCAGAUCCAAGGCAAGCUCCUGCUCUUCACCUACAGGAUGGUUACAUCACCUGCAUACAGGCAGAUAGAAUAAAAUAAAAAAAACUUUAUUUUUAUAGCACUAUAGCACAAACCAGAGAUUACAAAGUGAUUUAUGAGGACAAAAUAAAAAAUAAAUGGAAAAACAAUCAACCACAUGCAGACACAUUUACCCAAAUUGAAUGAGGGAAUAAUGCAAAAAUACAUAUUUUUAAAGAUAUGAAUGAACCAAUAAACUUUAUGAUUUGAUUUACAGGUGUAACACUGCAUUCAACCUAUCUGAACCAUGAUUUGAGCUCAUAAAUCAUAGCAGGGACUACUUUAUGACAACAGUAGGACUCUUGGCGCUGUUCGUGGUGCUGAAAGCUCAUUUACGCAAACCUGAGAGAAAUCUGCAUAUUUUGUUUCAUGUUUACAACGAAAUAAACCGAAAAUAGUGAAGCUCAGCUGCGAGUGUGUCCACCAGCUUUUGCAAAUAUGUGUGACCCUUCACACACUGCUGCUGGAUGAAUAAAAAAAAAACCGAGGGGUGUGGUUAAGUGUUACUCAAGCGCGCAUCAGGUAUCCAUCCCUCACUAUAUAAUCCUGUGAACCGGGAGGAGAGAAGCAAGACAGGACACCAACGAAGUGACUGCAUCAAGAGACAACUGAUAAAAAAUGGCCAACAUGCUGAAAUCGUGGAUGAUGCUCGCAGCGCUCGUCGUUUGCUUGCUGGUGUGUUUGAGCAGCUUUGCGGACGCCUACCCUCCCAAACCGGAGAGCCCAGGGAGCAACGCCUCGCCGGAGGAGUGGGCCAAAUACCACGCAGCUGUCAGGCAUUAUGUCAACCUCAUCACCAGACAGAGGUACGGGAAGAGGUCGACCCCGGAGGAGGCAGUAGCGUGGCUGCUGUUUGGAGCUGAUUCAAACCAAGACUCUGAACCACGCUUGGACUACAAUGAUCAGUGGUAAACGACUCCAAUGUUAACCCUUCUCUCAACCCCCCCCCCCCCCCCCCC